CUUGACAUAGAAUAUGUGUAACUGUCAAAUUUUAAUAAUUAUUUUAAUUUUUCUGACUUAAAAUUAACUUAAAUCAUGACAAAAACUAGUGACAGUUUUUUAAUUUGUGCUGUCUUUCAAUAUUAAGGUGCCAUUUCUACAUAUGAAAAUGUAGCAGACGUUGGAAUGCAAGACGGCUGAACGCUUUCCAAUUAGAAAAUAAAUUGAGAAAAGAAGGAAAAUUUAUUAUACUCCAGUUAGGGUUUGUUUCACACUUGAUUUUUUUUAUUAAAUCUUAAAACAAGCAAUGGCAGAGAAUUUUGAAUUUGUUAAAAUAGAAGAAAAUCAAAGUGCAGACGCUGAACACAACUUUGACUGUACUGAAAAUAACUUACAACUCAGUUGUAAAAGCUGCAAUUUUCAAACAAAUUUUUUAAUUCAACUGAAAGAACAUUCACGAGGAUUCACACAAAACCACCAAAUAACCCUCUACAAAUGCAAUAAAUGUGCUUUUGAAACAAAUUCCUGCCUCAUAUAUUUAAAGCACAUUCAUCAUAACCAUAACCGUAAUACUUACCUGAGGUACUCAGAAGAUGAAUAUAAUACAGAACCCAUGUGGUUUAAGUGUGGUUUGUGUCAGUAUAAAGCUAAAAAUGAAAGUAUGCUUCAAAGCCAUCACUACUGGAAACAUGAAGAAAACAUUCAUUGGUUCAACUGUGACCAGUGUCCCUAUCAGUCGCGAAGAAAACACGAUCUCAAAAGACACAAAUUGGCGAAACACACAAAUCCAGAUGGCGUAAACUGGGAGGAAAAAGGUGUCCAAUAUCUUACUCGAGAGCACCCGAAAAGCGACACUUCACCUCUAAAAAUUGCAUGGAUGUAUUGUGAGAAGUGUUCAUACAAAACUGUUGAUAAAAGCGCGUACAAAAAACACGUAGUCAGAAAACACACAUCUUCAGAAAACGUCGCUUGGUUUCAGUGUACACAGUGUCCUUAUCGGGCUAAACUUGAAGAGAAUCUACGCAGGCACAUAAAGAGCCAACAUACCAACCCUGAAAACAUCCAGUGGUAUUACUGCAUGCAAUGCUCGUAUAAAACCAAGAGAAAAAGAUGCUUAAGAUAUCACAAACUGGCAAAACACGAACUGUUGGAAAAAAGUAACGCUUUGGAAGCGUCAGAGUGGCUUCAUUGUGAACAGUGUUCAUAUAAAACUAUCCAUAAACAUAUUCUAUCACAACAUCAGCUAAAAAAACAUGCUACAAGUGACGGUGUUUCUUCGUUGUGUUGUGCACAGUGUUCGUAUAAGGCGAAAACGAAGUUCGAAAUAAAGAUGCAUCGAAUGAUAAAACAUGUGGAGUCACAUCCUAUCGAAUCAAUUCAGUGUUCAUUGUGCUCAUUUCGUACCAAAACGAGUAAUUAUUUAAGAGAACAUACGCUGCGUGUUCAUCAGAUGCGAGUUCAAACCGCCAGAAGGAAAUAAUUUAUUAGGUGUAGCAAUAUUGUUGAUGUUUGUA